AGUUCCUGUCACUGUUAGAAAGUCGUCAGUGAAGCUAGGAAGUAGAACGAGAGCCGAAGUGCGGGUCGCUAAGGCGGAACAAUAGAAAAGGCAGAAAGUAGGAAUGUAAUACAAACUCAGGAGUGACUACAAAUCAAACAUGCUACCGUUAAUAUUAGUGAUUCUGGCGUCCUUGGGAACCGUGGAAGGGCGUGGCAAGAUGAUGGAGCCAGUUCAGCGCUCAAGUUUGUGGCGUAAAGGAUAUAACACACCGGAAAACAUGGAAGACAGUGGGCUUAAUUGUGGCGGGUACUGGUACCAGUGGCAGAUCAAUAGAGGGCGCUGCGGAGUUUGUGGAGACCCCGCAGACGUUGACCCUAAACCAAAUGAGGACAAAAACCGUUACGCCAGGGGAAUCAUUGUACAGAGAUACUCCACCAAUGAUGAAUUCAUCGACGUCACAAUCGAAGUUAAGAAAAAUAUGUUGGGAUAUUUUGAGUUUCGUCUGUGCCCGGAUGUUAGUGAAACAAGGCCGGUAACUCAGAAAUGCCUUGAUCGCCAUCUACUCGACAUCAAUGGUCACGGGAAACAAUACCGACCUGACCGAGAAGGAAAUAUAUUUCUAAAACUGAACAUGCCCAAGGAAGUGACCUGUAAACAUUGUGUUCUCCAGUGGAAAUGGCAUACGGCAAUGAAUUGGGGAAUUUGUCCUGAUCAGAGUAGCGGAAUAGGAUGCGGAGACCAGGAGGAAUUUUAUAACUGCGCAGACAUAAGUAUCACUUCCGGAACUGACAUGAGCAUCACUUCCGGUAGCAACAUGAACAUCGCUUCCGGUGCUGACAUGAGUAUUACUUCCGGUGCUGACAUAAACAUUGCUUCUAGUGCUGACAUGAGUAUUACUUCACAAGCUGCAGAAACAAAUGUCCGAAUUGAUUCUUCGAUGAAUACACUUCCAAGUCGGUUAAAAGAAACAAAUCAAAAUGCGGAAGCGAAUAUAGAAAGAAUAUCAAACGUAGACAUGAGUCCUGUGAUGAACAUGGAAAGCAACAGCAUUAAGAUCAUCCCCGACGCAUCUCUAAUCACCGAAUCAAAACCACAGAUUACCAAUCAGCCGCCAAAGACCACAAGUGUACCUCGGUAUGUUGCUACAAAUAAACCGGACCAGGUGGCAUUUGAAGGUAGUCCUGCUGUUGACGUUUCUGCAGACCCAAAGCCGACUGCUGUCUUCAGUGCUACCUACUCAACCAGUGGAAAUACACACAGGCGUCCACCAACAGAAGGACAUAUUUUAAGGAUGCCGGAAAGCAUACAGGGAGGAAGCACUAAAUCCGACAGAUAUACGGUAUCUUCUAAAGAGCCGUCUUCUGUAAAAUAUGUAACAGUAACAGAACCAGUACCAGUAGAAUCAUCUUCUCCUGGGAGUGUCAGUCCUGUAGAAUCAUCUUCUCCUGGGAGUGUCAGUCCUGUAGAAUCAUCUUCUCCUGGGAGUGUCAGUCCUGUAGAAUCGUCUUCUCAUGGGAGUGUCAGUCCUGUAGAAUCAUCUUCUCCUGGGAGUGUCAGUCCCAUUUUCGAAUUUAAUGAUAAGAUGUCUACUGAUAAAAUGGCGAAUAGAAUGGCCAACUCUCAGGUUCAGAUCCAGAAGGACAUGGAUCCGUCCUUCAAUAUGGAUACCGCCCCUCCUGUAAAUAUCAAAAUAGAUCCUGCCGUCAAGGCCACAGUAUCCGCUGACAUUAUUCAGCUUCCGUUUGUCGGAGAUUCUUCUCGUGCCGGAGAGAAGAUAAAUCAAGAAGCAAGAGUCUCCUCAGAUACACCGCAAGGUCGCACUGUGAGAAGCGUUAUACAAGACACAACCUCUAGCAAUAAGCCUUCUUCGGCUGAUAGCUGGACAACGUUGAUCGACAGUGAUAUGUUAAAACCAAACCGCCCGUCUGGUCCUAAUAGGCAAACAAAGGUCCCUGGUGGAACUAUGGUACCAGGCGAACAGGCCUUUAGCGUAGGCAUGCCAUCCAGUUACAACAACAAGAAUGCGGGAGGAAUGGGCAGUACCUCACUGUGGCAGGGAGACAUGUCUAAAAAGGAAGGAGAAGUUGGGGGUGUAUCACUUUCGUCAACCUCACGUCUUGCCAUCGUGAAAAAUUCUAGAGUGAACCCAGUAGCAAAUCAAAAUGUAAAUAGCAACUUUAACAAUGAGUUCGAUAAUAGACAGUCCUCUGGAUUUAACUCGAACUCUCCUGAUACCAAACAGUUAACUUCUUCACAAAAACUUAGAAAGGUGUUUGGUGAAAUUAGAAACCCUGGGGGUAUGACUGUUGGAGGUCAGCUUGGCAAUACUCCAAAUAUGGGAACAAAUGCUUUCAAGACACCUGUAAGGAGUGAAAAUAAUGCCGCUGGACGAAAUAAUUUUAACCGAGGUUCUAACAUGGGAUCGCAGUUCCAAGGACGCAUGGAUAUCCAAAACAAUCGAGGAAAUUCUUUAUCAGGGUUUUCUACACCAAACAUGGGACCUAGAGGGGAUUUUACACUCCAAACUAUUCCAUCGAACACUGUCAUUGACGCUGUUGCAGGAAACACCUUAUCUGCACAAGGAACACUAGCAUCUGCUAGAUAUCUAGAACAGGCUCGCCAUGCGGAACAGUACACUCACCCUCCACCAACGACCCCUCGGCCAGGCGUACUGGCCACCAAGCUCCUGACUCGCCAUCCUGGUUUCGAUGGCAAUCAUUUAGGAACGAUGUUAGCUUCUGCUGUAAUUGUUGAUCCAGAACCAGAAACAACAAUUCCCCCACCAACUACAACAACUACUGAAGCGACAACAACAACUACUACACCAACAACAACCACAUCCACAACCACAACUCCGGCCCCGACAACUACAACUACAACCACCUUACCUACUACAACAACUACUACUGAACCUACUACUACAACUACUACUGAACCAACAACAACAGAACCGACAUCUACAGUAGCACCUAAUCUAAGUCUACGUCAGGGAAUGAAACUUCCAGAUGGUUUUGUAGUGUUCAGUCCAACAGAGGCAUCAACUACUGUUGAGCCAGAUACGACAACGACGACGACAACGACGACGACAACUACAGCCGCACCGCAGACUUCCACAAAAGCAAGGGAUAUAACAGUCCCUGCUAAUACAAAUGUUGAUCUCAGCGGAAUACUUAAAGAAAUAAUGGCGAUGGCAAACCGUGUAUCAGCACUAGCAAAGAGCACACAGCAGUCAGGAGCUGAUGCUCUUGCACAAAAUAUAAAAUCUAUGGCGGAAUCAGCAGCACAAACAAAUAUGAAAAUGAACCAGGCAGGUGGUGAAAAGCUGGAAACCACCAUGGUCUCAGCCGAAACUACAACUCAACCCGCUACCUUUAUCGAACAAGGUAAACAGCAACAAGGACAAGACGUUGUUGUCAGUGGUCCUGGUUUUGUAACAACAGAAAGAGUUGUUGAUUUAACAACAGAAACACAGACAAAAGCUGAUGGACUGAUUACUAACCGAGUUAGUGAUCUUUUACCGGAAGUACAAAAAUCUACAGCGUCUACUACCGUUGUAACAGAGCCAGUCGUCACUGAGCCUGCUGUUGUGGUAACGGAACCCACAACUAUUAUCACGGAAUCUCCCAUCGUCGAAACAAAACCAGCAGUCGUAGAAACAGAAUCUCCAACUGUUACAAUACCGACAACAACUAGACCGCCUGUGCGUAUGACGACACCCUAUAUGCAAAGGAAUGAAUUCACAACUGGACUUGACACGUUUUUUAAUCAACAGACGACGGUUAAUCCUUGGAACACGUUUACACAGGACGCUCAAAAUCAACAAUACUCCGUUGACGGACUCAACACUGGUGUCGCGGGUUCAAAUCCACAGGUAGUGGAAAUGAACCACCCAACAGGAGCUCCGACGGGAUUCGAUACCGGCUACGUCAACCCUGGUUCGGAUUCCAUCCACCAAGUUUCAGCAGUAGCAGAGCAGUCCUCGGGUAUGACUAGCAUGAACAACCCUGCGUCCAUGAUGAAUGCUCUUACGUCCAUGCAGGCUGGAGGUGGCAAUACAAAUGUACUUCUGGCAAACAUGUUCAGGAUUCUCUCUGAUUUGAUGACGCAAACCAAUGCCCAAGCAGUAAAUAUGGAUAGUUCUGCACAUUCCGCGAUGCCAGCAGUUUCGCAACCAGGAUUGACAAAUGUCCCAGGCGACCAGACUCCGACAGAAUCACAGCCGCAAGUAGUAGUUCAGAGUACUAUUAAUGCAGAUAUGUCGCAAUAUCAUACAAGUCCCAGCAGUCAGGGCAACCAGCAUACCAACACUUUCUCAUCUACUCGUGACUUUACACAAACAAGUAAGACUUCAGUACCAGUAACAACUUCAACAACAAAGAGAACUACAAGAACUCCAACGACGACAAUUACGACGACUCCAUCUACAACUACAACAACAAAAACAACGACAAAGGCUUCAACUACUACUACAACCCCAAAACCUACUACAACCACUCAAAAAACAACGACAACAACACCAACUACUACCACAACAAAACCAACUACUACCACAACAAAACCAACUACCACCACAACAACGCCAACUACCACCACAACAAAACCAACUACUACCACAACAAAACCAACUACAACCACAACAACGCCAACUACCACCACAACAACGCCAACUACAACCACAGCAGCACCAACUACAACCACAACAACGCCAACUACAACUACAGCAGCACCAACUACAACCACAACAACGCCAACUACUACUACAACACCAACAACUACUACAACAACACCAACUACAACUACAACAACACCUACCACCACCACAACCACUCCUGCUCCAACAACGACAACGCCAACACCUGUCACCGAUGCUUACUUUAUAGGACUAAGCGCCGGCAGUCUGUCAAAUGGUGCAGUGAUGGAUAGAGUUCCUGCUAACAGACCUACAAACAACGUCUGGAAUCCGACGAGGACGACACCAACGGGAAGUCAGUGGGGUAAUACACGGGUUACCCAAAUGACUGGAAAUCAAUGGGGACACGCUGUUACAGGAACAACCCCAGCAAAUGGUCAGGGAAAUCAGUGGGGUGGACAAGGAGAUACACAUACACAGGGAACCACUUGGGCAGCAAAAACUACACCGGCCCAAACACCGACGGUUCAGACCACCUGGUUCGCGGAGCCAAAUACCGUAGUGACCGCUACUACAGCUCCAACUGUCGCUCCAACAACGUUCAUCAAUAUGACGCCCAGCAACACGUGGAAUUCCCAGAACAGUCCUGUAACUACACCUUAUGUACCAGUUGAUAAAGCAGUAGCGCACGAAACUACUAUAGCCACGACAUGGGACGCUGCUCUUCCCACUGGAAAUCCGAGGGAUACCACUAACUCGGCUUCACAGUCGCCUUCGUCCACGUGGAAUUCUGGAGGUCUGAUUAAUGGACUUACUUCUGGAAAUAAUCAGUUGACAUCCGGGCCUUUUGGAAAUUUGUUCGGUACUACCCAAGCGCCAACUGUACCGCCAACGGCACCCCCUACGGCACCCCCUACGGCACCGCCAACGGCACCCCCUACUGUACCUACAACUACCCCAAUACCCGUUCCGACCACGCCCCUUGUUCUGAUUGACGUAAACGACCUCAGCCCGCGUUCAGUUGAUCCUGUGACCCGGAAUGUAAUGCUGAGGUUAAUCCGCUCCAUGGCAACGACAAGCCAGGAACUGUAUACAGUUCUGUAUGCGACUGGUCCUGACUUCCUUAGCUCACUGGGAGUCAACCCACAGCAACUCAAAGGGUCUGUCAAUGUAGCUUUAUUGAACAUCUUACCGGAACUUCGUGUUGUCCUUGGACUUCCGCCGCCACCACCACGACGACGACCAAGACCCACACCAUCUUCUGCCGCAGCAUCACGUCUAAUGGGAGGACCUACGGCUGCCCCGGGAGCAGUGGCACCCCCUCCUAGACAACCACCAGUUGAUCCUAUCACUAGAGCCGUACAGAAUGCAAUGACAAAUCAAGUUCUUCAGAUGUUGGGUUUAGUGCCUGAACCACCAGAUGUUCCUGCUGGUGGUAGAAGACGUGGACGACGCCCUGGUAUGCACUCUAGGCGAUUCGGUAACCCAGGAAUGCCUGUACCAACAGUCGAGCCUGCUGAUGUGCCGCCAAGUGGCGCUGCCCCAGGCUUCGGUGCCGGUCCUGCAUACCCAUACGGUCAACCUCGGGUGGGGCCUCAGCCACACGCUAAUAUGGACCAAAUGUGGAAUAUGGCAAUGUCAGGAGGGUCUCCAGGUGCUAUGGGUGGAGGAAUGGGAGCGGGAAUGGGCGCAGGGAUGGGCGGACACAGGCCGGUUUAUGAUCCUCUAGAUCCACCAGAUAUUAUUCCGCCAGGAGCCGUUCCCAUUGGAUCUCCAAUGGCACGUGGUAUGGGUGGUCGAAGAGGUCCACCCCCUGGAGGCAUAGGGCAGAUGAACGCUCAACAGACGCAGCAAGUUAUGGAAAUGUUAGGGCUAUAACUCAUGUUUCAUUCGUCACUUUAUCGCCAUAAGAAUCAGACGAAUUCGCGAAAUCAUAUAAAUAUGAUAUUUACAUAUUUAAAGUAGGAAAACAAACACUCAAAUGUUUACAUUUUCUGUAUAAACGUGAAAUACUAGAUAUCGAACAGGUAUACCGUUUAUAACAUAUUUUACGGUUGAAUAAUAUUUAAUGUUCAUUUGAAAUUGUACCGAAAAUUAUCCCUCUCUAAAAGCACUGGGUAAGAGGAUAUUAUGCCUGUUGUCGCAAUGUUUAUAUUCGUCGGCAAUUAUAUCUUAAUUCCUUUUUAUCUCUCCUUAUUUGUAGUCUUUUGUUUAGUUUUAACCAUUUUUCUCCUACAAAUUAAACACCUACCAUACAGUACUGUUAAAUGUGCUUGUGAAUUAUCUACACUAAAGUGUUUGUCAAUAAAACACUUAUCCCGAGGCUGCCCACAAUCGUCCCAAACGGGUGGAUAUUGCAAAAUCCGCGAGGCCUGUACUGUAUCUACGAAUGAGAGCAUAUAUAUAUAAAUGCAUGAGCUACAUUGCUCUGGUCUGCCUUCAAAAACAACAAAAUCUACAGUUUAUACCACAAUGUGUAUAUCAUGAAUUGGGGUAACAUAUUUGUCCUCGUGUUUCGCCUGCCUUUUGAUUUUGUAUGAGGACAAUCAACAGUUCCACCUCUAAUGUCAGAUUUUAUACAAAGGGAUUAUUCCUCAACGCUACCGAAGCAAAACUGAUAAAAGCCCAGUUAAACAACAUUUAAGAAUUAUGAGCCUUAAAGUACAUGUAGUAAGUAAAGUCUUUAUUUAUUUGUCUAUCAACCAGAUUCUUUUUUUUUUUUUGUAUUCGAAUAUGACAUUUUAUAGUAUAUCAUAUAGAUUCAUAGCAUUCUUUAUUUAUCGAAUUGUAAAAGAAGUUUUAUAAUCGAUUAGUACUACGUAGAUAAAAUAUUUAUUAAGAGAUAUAAUUCUUUGUCUUGAGAAUAUUAGUCGUUUCCUGCUGACUCGGCUUGGGUAAGUCCACCUUCUAUCCAGUGCCAAUUCGUUAAAAAUAGUCUUAUCAAAAUAUUCGAACUUCUGUAACUAAGUUGCAUACAUACAAAAGCUACACUUAUGUUAAUAGAAUCUUUAUCAACAACCAUUUUGAUGGUGAGUUUAACAGGGCAACAAAAAUAAACCAGCAGUACCUACAGAAGGGUGUUUUCAAUUACUGAAAUAAAUUUCUAAUUCAAAAUAUUUUAUUAUCAAGUAAUACAUGUAUGUACAAUUACAGAAAGUUGUAUAAAUAGAUGGAUUAGACAACAGGCUAAGCUAUACUGGUCCUUUCCAAAGAAAUGUGAAAUAAAUGUUGCUAUCUAGAUAUCUAUUCCUUUAUCCAGACAUUCAUUAGUGUUUUUCACGACUAUAUAUUAUGGUGUAGUCGCGGCCUCCCACAAAUCCUUCUUUACGAAUAGGCAAGUCAGUCGCCGUGUCUGUAACAAACACGACCAGUUUAGAAAAGUAGAUAAAUAAUUCACAGGGAAAUGGAGGUGUACAUGGAUACAGAGAGUGAAGUUUUACGGUGAUGUUACGAUGCCAAGAUAUUGACAUUCCCAUGAUGCAAUUUCAAAAUGGCGGCAUUCAUCUUACGUAUCGACUGGGAAAACUUUUCGCCAUGCUCACAACAAAAUUCAUACGGGGAUUUUCAGAAAGUGAUAAUUUUAAUCUUAUUUGAUAAUCAUGUUUAAUAAUUACGUUGUCUUAUCAUCUAGUAAACAACUGAAAGACUCUUUUUAGUUGGGAUUUGAUUAUGACUUUUAAAAGCAACCAGUCAAAAACGAUUAAUUAUAUGAGGUGAAUUGUAUGAUGACUGACACGUCUUCAUUAUAAUUGAUAUCAAAUAGCCGUUUGUUAAGUAUAGGAAAGGAUACAACGCUUAUGAUAUAGUGAGAGGUGUGUGUUUGUGUGUGUAAUAGAGACAGUAUAUACGAUGAUGUAAAGAGACGGUUAUAAGUGCUGCAAGUGAUUGGGAGUGUAAUGUAAGUGUUUGUACAUGUAAAUACAUAUGACUUUGUACAUUUGUAAAAAAAAUGAUAAAAUGUUAUUCAAAACAAAUUAUCUUACAUUAUAAAUUGUUGAAGAUGUUAUCUGGUCGGUUAAAACGGAAGAACUAAGAGCAUGUUUUGUUUUCUGUUUGUUAGGAAAUGUCAGUUUUUUAUGAUAAAAACAAUAGGUCAUAUUGCAAUCAAUGUGUAUUUUUUUUAUAUAAUCAGAUUUUUUUUUAAAUGUCAUCCAAAUAAAUGUUAAUUAAUAAAAACAUCUAUUGCAAUACGUAAGUUAAGGAGGGAGACGAUUAUGUUUUGGAUAUAUGGUUUAACUUCAAAUAUGUUUUGUUUUAUUUUCAUUAUGAUUGUAUAAAUACUUUAUCAAAAUUUGACCAAAAAAAAUUAAUCUGUAUAAUAUAGAGACAUAUCAUCUUCAUUUGCGUUAUAUGUAGACAAUUGUAAUUAAUUUUGCUAAAACAAGUACAUGUAAUGUCUGUAUGUUAAUUAAAGAUUAUAUAAUUAUAUUAAUGGUAAACUUACAACUCAUUAACAGCCUAUAGUGUAUAAUGGUUCGGCAUUUAUACGCCAUUUGUGAACAUUGAACAGAAAUUAAAUUUGUCAAAACAUCA